UUGGUAUCCCGUAGUGACGUAAGCUCACUCGAUAUUCUCCAGAUCGCGGUGGUGACUUUCGGUCGUCCGACGGACCUCCGUCUCAUUUCACUUUGCGUUACCGGCAAAUCACCGUUAAACUGGCUACGUAAUACGCAUUUAUUACUUGGCCGGAUUUCUUUAUUACGGUAGAUGCUACUGUAAGGACUUGGCACGAAACAGGACAUCCGAAAAAUGCAGCAGCAAUCAGUAAUGGAAGAGGGAACGGCCUACGAGCCACCUACUUACGACGAGACAUUCCCUGUCCUCCCUGAAUCAUCUAGUUCCAACUCUGGACAGUUAAACAUAUUUUCUAUAAACAACAACAGCUUACAUCUUAGUCGUAUUACUAUUACACAGAUGUUCCGUGUACCAGGAGAAGAACGCAAGUUUGAUCACAGCGAUAAAUUUGGCGAACGUGAAUCCAUUCGUACAUGUAAAACAAUUAUGAAGGAAACAAAUACUAUUAUUGAAAUUGCGUCAUCUAAAGAUCAAUCCUUGACGUUCCUUAUAACUGGAAAGCAACAUCAAGUUCUGGAAGCCAAACGGCGCAUUUUGACUACAUUUCAAACUCAGGCAAGUAAGCAGAUUAGUAUUCCUAAGGAUCAUCAUCGUUGGAUUCUUGGAAAGCAAGGGCAGAGACUAAAAGAUCUAGAACAGAAAACUGCUACCAAGAUUAAUGUACCCAGUGUCCAAGAUCAAUCAGAUAUAAUAAUAAUUACAGGAACAAAAGAAGGUAUUGAAAAGGCUGAACAUGAGAUUAGAGUUAUUUCUGAUGAACAGUCUAGGAAAGCUUUUGAAAGGAUAACUGUGCCAAAAAUAUAUCAUCCUUUUAUAUAUGGUGCGCAUAAUGAAAAUCUCAAUGCUAUGAUGGCAGAAACUGGUGCGCGCAUCAAUAUUCCUCCUGCAUCAGUUCAGCAAGAUGAAAUAACUAUCGCUGGUGAAAAGGAAGGAGUCUUGGCUGCAAAGCAAAAAAUUGAGAAUAUCUACAAGGAUAUGGAAAAAAGAUGUACUACAGUAUCCGUAGAGGUUCCCAAAUCUCAACAUAAAUAUGUAAUUGGGCCUCGUGGUAGCACCAUAGCGGAAAUAUUACAAACAACUGGAGUAAGCGUAGAAAUGCCUGCACCUGAUUCGGCAACUGGUACCAUAACUCUUAGAGGACCUCAAGAGAAACUUGGUCAAGCGCUUAACAAGGUGUAUGAAAAGGCAAACAGUGUUCGCACUGCUGUGGUGGAAGCUCCGGUAUGGAUACAUAAGUACAUUAUUGGGCGCAAAGGUGUAAAUAUCAAGAAAAUUACUCAAGAAAUGCCAAAAGUAAAUGUAGAAUUUACGGGAAAGGAAGAUAAAAUCAAGAUUGAAGGCCCACCCGAGGAAGUAGAAAAAGCACAAAACGAGCUGCAGAUUAUGGCGAGCGAUCUUAUUGCAAAACUUACUUUUGCAGAAUUAAAUGUUGAUCCAAGAUUUUACAAGCAUAUCAUCGGGAAGAAUGGAUGUAAUGUGAAUCGUGUUAAGGAGGGAACAGGUGUAGUGAUUAGCAUCUCUGAAAAUGAUGGUAGUAACAUUAUCCGUAUCGAGGGUAAUCUCGCUGGGGUUUCGAAAGCUCAAACAGAACUUGUAGAAAUGGUAAAAAAACUGGAAAAUGAGAAAGAAAAGGAUGUGAUUAUAGAUCACAGAUAUUAUCGUAAUAUAAUUGGUAAUAAGGGAGAUAAUAUCAAAGAGAUUAGAGAUAAAUUUAAUCAAGUACAAAUUACUAUACCUGGACCAGGCGAAAAAGGAGAUAUAGUGAAGAUUAGAGGACCCAAAGAAGACGUUGAUAAGUGCCAUAAACAUCUAAUGAAGUUGGUAAAAGAAUUGAAUGAAAGCAAUCAUGUAUUGGAAGUACCUAUUUUUAAACAAUUCCAUAAGUUUGUUAUUGGAAAAGGUGGCGUUAAUAUUCGUAAGAUUAGGGAAGAAACACAAACGAAAAUCGAUUUGCCUGCGGAAGGCGAGAAGAGUGAUGUUAUAACUAUCACUGGAAAAAAGGAGAAUGUAGAAAAAGCUAAAGAGAUGAUACAAAAGAUUCAAAAUGAAUUGGCUAACAUUGUUACUGAAGAGAUUACUAUUCCACCAAAGUUUUACAAUUCUCUUAUUGGUACUGGAGGUAAAUUGAUACAUUCUAUUAUGGAAGAUUGCGGAGGCGUCACGAUUAAAUUCCCAACGGCGGAAAGUAAAAGUGAUAAGGUCAGUAUCAGGGGUCCAAAAGAUGACGUGGAGAAAGCAAAAGCACAGCUUUUAGAACUAAGCAAUGAAAAGCAAUUAUCUAGCUUCUCGGCUGAAGUGCGUGCCAAAGUUCAACAUCAUAAAUUCCUUAUUGGAAAGAAUGGUGCCAACAUCAAGAAGAUAAGAGAAUCUACUGGUGCACGAAUUAUGUUCCCGACGGAGGAAGAUCAAGAUAAGGAAGUGAUUACAAUUAUGGGCAAGAAAGAAGCUGUUGAGAAAGCUAAAGCCGAUUUAGAAGCUACAAUUAAAGAGAUUGACAAUAUUAUCGAAGGCGAAAUUCGUAUUGACCCUAAGCAUCAUAGACAUUUCGUGGCGCGAAGAGGCGGUGUACUGCACCGAAUUGCUGACGAAUGCGGUGGCGUACAGAUUUCAUUCCCACGGGCAGGCAUCGAUAGCGAUCGUGUUAGUCUGAAAGGCUCACAUGAAUGCAUAGAAGCGGCGAAACAACGAAUGCGAGAGAUUGUUCAAGAAUUGGAGUCUAUGAUAACGGUGGAAUGUGUAAUAGCUCAAAGACACCAUCGUACAGUGAUGGGUGCAAAGGGUCGUAAAGUACAAAGCAUAACAUCCGAAUAUGAUGUGCAAAUCAAAUUCCCUGAUCGUGAUGUAUACGAUGAGCAAAAAGUAUCGGCACAAGUUAAUGGUGAAAAUGGAGAAGGUGGAGAAGCUAUCCCAGCUUGCGAUAUAAUUCGUAUUACCGGACAACCUGAGAACGUUGCUGCCGCUAAGCAAGCUUUACUCGAUCUCGUCCCUAUCACGAUUCAAGUUGACGUACCAUUUGAUUUCCAUCGUUCAAUAAUUGGUCAAAAGGGUAAAGAUGUGCGUGAAUUAAUGAAUACAUAUGACGUACACAUCAUGCUUUCUCCAGCAGAAGAAAAAUUGGAUUAUAUCAAAAUUUCUGGAACGCCAUCUUGCGUUCAAAGUGCCAAGGAAGCUAUCCUUGAAAAAUGCGAAUCAUUGAAAGCCGAACGCGAAGAUCGAGCAUUAAAAUCCUUUGAAUUAAAAAUUGAGGUUGAUCCCGAAUAUCAUCCAAAAAUUAUUGGACGGAAAGGAGCGGUGAUCAGUAAAAUACGUAGUGAUCACGACGUUCAAAUUAAUUUUCCGCGCAAAGGUGAUCCCGAGGAACAUAUUAUUACAAUAACAGGAUAUGAGAAGAAUGCAUACAGUGCGCGAGAUGAUAUUAUGAAGAUCGUUAACGAAUUGAAUGGUUUAACAAAAGAGGAAGUGCAGAUAAACGCUGCAGUUCAUUCGCGUUUGAUCGGUGCGAAAGGUCGAAAUAUCCGCAAAAUAAUGGAUGAAUUUAAAGUCGACAUAAAGUUUCCAAGAAAAACUGAUGCUGAUCCUAAUAUUGUAACAAUCGUGGGAGCGGAAGAGAACGUAGCCGAUGCAAAGGAGCGUUUACUGAAUCUAGAGGAGGAAUACAUGCAAGAUGUGAUAGAGAAUGAAUACCGUGAAAGUUUACGCUCACCUCAACGCGAUGACGGUAGCAACGCCGGUGGCGGUGAGAAUGAUACCGGCUUCAUCGUGAAAGGAGGACCGUGGGAGCAACAACAGCAACAGCAGCAGCCUCAGAGCGCACCGAAUACAGCCAGUGUCGAAGAAUUCCCGCAGUUCGCUGGUUAUUCUCACGUACCCGUUGCAACUCCGGAUGGGCCUUGGGGAAUUAAACGUUAAAGUAUAAAUUAAAAAAAAAUCUACACUAAAAAAAACAAUUGCUGGAACCUAAUAAGCUAAUGAUGUAAGGUAACUUUCCUCUGACAAACGGUAUGUAAAACACUACUUAUGAGCAUACGCAUGUACACGUAACACAUACACAUAAAACACGAGACACACGAAUCAUACACGCAUAUGCACUUGUGUUGGGUGGUUCCCUGUUCCAUUACUGACGUUGUUGCUGCAUACGACCUGGCCAUUCUAUUGGACUUUGACACUGGUUUACUACACACAACGUUUGACGACGAUGUUUAUAUUUGCAAUUCAUAAUACCGAUGUCCUAUGUAUCUGUAACUGUAAUGCAUGUUGUCCUGAGUCCAUCAUGUCACUCGGUCCAGUCAAACGUACGUUCACAUGUACGUUGUGCACGAUUUAAUCUCGUGACUUUCAUUUUUAAUGAUAUGCUUUCCAGGUACAGAUAUGUUGUACUUAAGACUGUGGCUUCGUGGGAAAUAAUCAAGUCAGCGUUCUGCAAAAAAGAACUAAGUCCAUAAAAAUUUGCAUAACUAUUCUGUAGAAUUUUAUACUCUACAGAAACGUAAAUUGUUUGUGAAACCAAUUUGCAUUCUACUAUUAAAAAAAAAAGAAAUUUUUGUGCACAUUAGUUUUUUUUCCGCAGAAACUGACCGAUUUAUUCGUGUAUUAUAUUAUUUUCACAAAUAAUCUUUGUACUACGUAUAGACUGCUAACAGUCAUACGUUUUUCGUUGACCUUAGCAUAAUAAUUUGUUAAUUUAUUUAUAUCUUUUUUUUUGUACAUACCUCACAUUUUCUCAUUGUUUUAUGCCACUUGAGUGAAAGUGGUUUCUAAACUACAUCAUUGUUGAAAUUUAUAUUGUAAAAUUUUCACGAAUCAAAAAAGAGGAAACUUAGUAGGGGGCUUUCUAAGGAAAAGUUUGUUCCUUAGAAAUUACGCAAUUUUUUAUUACAUUAAUUAGUUACUAUAAGCUCGACUUACAUCUCCGUGAUUUUAAUGCGAUGUAAACGAGAGAUCUGUCGAUGCAUUGAACACAUACUUAUCAAUAAUUGUAAGAUCCAAAUAACAAAUUUGUAAUUGAUGAUUGAAACCAGUAUCAUCUUUGGGAAAUUUUUGAUGCUCUAUAGAAACAGGAAAAUGUGUUUUAUGCCAUUCGUCGCGUUUACAUUGUUCUCAGUAAAGAUCAUUUUCUUGUAUCUGUAACAUCAAAAUAUAAAUUAUGCAAUUUUUAAUCAUUAUAAGCAAUCAAUGUUCAAGGAACACGAUGUUUAGAAGGCCUUGAUUCCGCGCCGCUUACUCAUUAAGAUAUACGUGAAAUCGGCACUCUGCAGAGAAUGGUCAAAUGAAAUCCGUUAAAUGAUACUAAUGCUACUAAUAGCGAACGAUACACGAAUUCCUUUCGAUAGCCGGCUUUAUUUAUUUGUUCUUUACCAUUUUGUACACCGUUUGAUGUGCAAGUUUUUGCAUUCUACUAUUUAUGAGGCCAACUAGCUAAGAAAAGGAUAUUCAGUUCAAGUGCCUUGUCUAUUUUCUUCGAGACAGCUCAUUUCAAUUGUUGGAGGAAUGUGAAUAAUAUAGAUUAUAAUAUACAUAUAAAUAAAAAAAUACAAUAUAUACAAUAUAUUGUAUUUAUCCGGGGUAUCUGAAAAUCACUGGAUGAUACUUUUGGAGAUUCACUAAUAAAUUCAAUGUAGUAACUAACUGUUUCGAAUUAAAAUUCUUUUACAGACUGUUUUGCAUCUUUCAAAUGUGCGAAAAUCAUGUUUUUAACGGCUCGUCAUUUUGAAGCUUGAGAAAGCUUCGAUAUUUUCGACUUAAAAAAAAAUAAAAGAUGUAUCUUAUCUGUAUGCAAAGUAUCAUCUGGUAAUUUUAGGACAGCCUGUAUAUAUACACAUCACAUGUAAACACAUAUAUGGAUAUUGAUAAUAAUUAUUCUAUACGAUAUGUAAUAUGUAAUAGAAGAGAGAGAGGUAAAAUAGGUACCAAUGUUGGUACAUUGAUACACUAUUAUUAUGUGAAUGAAAUAGGAUUAUCAUGUAUACAGAAAUUCACUUAUAUUUUUUAGAUUUACAGUAAUUUUUAUAAAUCUACUUGGUACGGCGACCUAUGUGUCAUCUCCAAUGCAUGGUAAAUGUAAGGAAAAGCCAGAAUUAGUAAAUUUUACUAUGCUUAGUUUUGGCUAAGGAUUUCAUAGAUGCUGUGCAUGAAUAUAAUUUUCUAAUGAGUUAUAAUAAAAUAUAUUGUAAUUACAUGAAACAAUAUUCUCUGUACACAUAAGUAAAUAAUGUUAUAACACAUUGAUUAUCUUGUAACAAUAUACUACAUUCAUUGAUCUAUUUA